AAAUUCAUCCAGCUGAAUCACAACCGCACCGAAGUCCUCACUUUAUUGGGCCUUCCAGACGAACAGAGGGACCUCUUCAGUGAACCAUCAUGGGGCUCAGACACAGAGCAAACUCCCGAUGCAAACUUCCAUAGAGUGCAGUGCCCUUGGCGAUCAACUUUAUUCACCGAGCUAGGUUAUCAAAUUGACAAGUUCUCCGAGAAAAAUAAGGCCAAACAACUGGGUAAAAAAUACUACACCCAUAGUACCUCUAUCUGGUCACUCCGCGAAAGAAGUGAUUUUCAAGAAAAAAUUGUCAAUGUGCCCUCGGAACUCCCUCGAAACUGCUACCAUCCAACCUUCCUUGCUUCUCUCAAUGAAACAGACAUCAAUGCUCUAAGAAUGAAGGAGGAAAUUGAUAUUGAGGCUAUAAUCAAACAGGUUUCCACAGAAUAA